AUAUGUGCGAAUGUCUUAUUAUUUGUGUACACAGUUGAACGGGUAGAAAAUGUGUUACAAAAGAACCAAUAUUCUGAAUAACCAUACAAUUCCAUGUUAGUCAUUCACUCGUUCGCUAGAUAUAAUAGUUGGUAAUUACUAAUCAUUUUUAAUACUUGAUUUGAAAAUUAAAAAAUGGUUUUUUCAAAACAUAAUUUUAUGAUCGGUGUUGUGAUAGUACAUGUUUUUUUCUACUUCAAUGGCAUUUUAGCUAAGGAACUAAGUUGUUUGGAUGCAUUGAAAGAGGAUAAAUUAGAUAACAUAAUAAUGGUUAAAGAAAAAAUUAAUAAAUUUUAUGCGGCACGCGAAACAUUGAGUAAUUAUGGAACGAACUAUGUGUUAUAUCUUAUAUCCCUUGUUAAAAGACCCGAACGUAUGCUACCACCUGAAACUUGGUGUGAGAUUGAGGAUUGUUUUAUUUCGUUUUCGUCUCCAUUUUCAGGUACUGAAUAUAACAACUAUAUCGAGGAAGCAUCAGAAGCAAUAAGCAAAUAUAACAAGAAUUUAUACGCUUGUACUAUUAAUGUCUGUUACGAAAAUAUAAUAACACCGGUUGAUAUACCUAUUACUUCGAAAAACGACAAAAAAGACAACAACAUAAAAGACGAUUCAAUACGUCUUAAAAUUGGAUUUCUAAAGUUGUAUUUAUCUAAUAAAAAGAAAUUUUUUAGACGGGAACCAUUAACUUGGUGCGUGAUUCAAGCUUGUUACACAUUAUUACUACAACAGGGUUUCGAUGAUGUACCAGCUAAACUAAAUAGAGAAUUAGUAAAUAAAUCCACUGCAAGGAAACAUACACAUGCACAUCGCUUCUUUAAAUUCAUUAAUUCAUUGGAGUCAGGAAAAAAGCCUAAACCAGUUAAUAUUGACCAUACAACAGCAGAGCCAUUUGAUAUGAAUCUGUUGUAUGAAUUUCCAUCAAAUUGGUGUGCGGUUCAAGUGUGUUAUAACGAUUUGAAACGUGUAGGGUUCGUGUUUGAUACUUUUGAAAAAAAUUACGAAUUUUUACCGAAAAUAAGUAAGUUAUAAAGGAAAAUUAAUAUUUUGUUUAUUGGUUUUAACUGCAUACAGCAUCGUAAAAUAUGAAUAAUUGAAACACAAUGUUGUAGGUGUUAUAUGAUUAAAAUGAGUAACGAACAUGUUCUGAAUUGACAACCCGACUUUUAUUGCACAACGAUAUAACAACAAAUUUAGUUUAGUACAAUAUACAGGUAUAGUUCAAAUUUUGCAUGUCGAUAGUCUGGCAAAAGCUGUUGCCACCGUUUCCCGUUGGCUCGGCAAGUGACGACCAGACCGGUUAUCGGUCGCGCUCUCUCGGAUUUCGAUAGGAAAUUCACGGUUGUUGCGAUAAUGACUACGAAAUACUUACCCCCCUCCGAGUGCACGUGAUGUGUCCGUGCAACUGGUGUUUCAGUUUUCUCAGUUUCUUAUGAAGAACAAAACGUGUAAUAGAUAAACUUGAGUGCCUUUUUCAUCGCCUUAAACCCGAACUGCGGGAUAAACUCUCGUUCGAGGGUGUUUACAAUUGAUUUGGUAGUCACCUCUUCUCAGUAACAAUCAGUUACUACAAAAAUCGUUGUCUUACCCGUCUUAGACCGAGGGUACGGACACAUAUCGAUGCUCAGCAGUCAGCACCUCCCAAGGUUAACGUGGGACUCGGGUGUACAUCCGAUCUUCUGGUUUGCGAUUCAGUGGUUUUACACACGCACAAACACGGCACGCCUGCACGUAGUUACGUACCAUUUCUCGCAUACCGGUCAAAAAGAAAUGACAUUUUAUGCUUUGGUACGUUUCUUUUCACCCUGGAUGAUAAUCUGCUUUGUGGUCGUAAAACCUUUAUAACAGAAUCUGGGCCUUGUUAGCCGUGCGACCAUCCCCUCUUCUCCAUUCACAAUGGAUAGCGGAUGGCGGUGGAACACCUUGUCCGGAUGACAUACAACUUUCCAAAAUGAUCAAACAUUGCACCGUCCCUGGAGAGUUUAGAAACUAUCUUCUGUAUGUUUGGGUUAUUCUGUUGCCACUCUCGGACAUCUUGCAAUGUCACAUUUCCGUCGUCCUUCAUGGGCUGAAUCGCUCCACCGGAAUUUCAGAAGACACUCCGGAUUUGCGAAUUUUCCCAGGACAAUAUCCGUAUGUUAGCCUAUAGGCUUUCAAAACACUAGUUGAAGUAACUAAAUUUUAGUUAAAUUUACCUAAAUGGUAUAGUUAAUAGAACCAGAAUAAUAAAGUUAGAUAAUACAUUUGUUCUACUGAUAAAUUUAGUUGAAGCAACUACAAUUACAUUGUUGUUUAAAAUGUUCACUGUACUGGCGAUUUUCUGUACUGCUUUAGUGGAUAUUGGAGGGAAAUUAUGGACGCUCCUUAUCACUUUUGACGAUUUUUUUCAAAAUUCGAGUCUUACCCCCUAGAGCGGCCCCGAUUGGACCUUAAUCGCGUUCCCCGCUAAAUUUAUAGGUCGCGCGAGGCCGUACUUCUUUCCCGGCGGACCCGCCGCGGCCGAGAUAACGUGCAAACUGAGCGCCACCGUCACGCAGGUUUUUUGCCGUUUUUGUCGAUAAGUUGAACCCCUUUUUAACACGUCGUGGGGCCCCGUUUGCCCGUUAUUCGCGUUCCCCGCUAA